AACCAGCACGCCUCGUGUUCGUCUCCUAGCAACCAGGCUGUCAGCCCGCUCCAUGCCUCUCCAGGACGUCGGACCGUUCCGGACACGCCGCGUCUCGGACUUAAAAGUUGCCUAAAUAUCGAGGCAAACCCUCCAGAACCUCCAUGGAAACGAACAGAAAGUGAGCCAGGCGGGCUGCCGAAGCCGAGGGAGCCGCCAUGAACGACCGGUACCACCGGGCGGCCCGGGACGGCUACCUGGACGUGCUGAAGGAAGCCACACGGAAGGAGCUGAACGCACCGGAUGAGGAUGGGAUGACACCGACCUUAUGGGCCGCGUACCACGGCAACCUGGAGACGCUGAGGCUCAUCGUGGGGAGAGGAGGCGACCCGGACAGGUGUGAUAUAUGGGGCAACACACCACUUCACCUGGCAGCUGCCAACGGCCACCAUAACUGCCUGUCCUUCCUGGUGGCUUUUGGUGCCAAUGUGUGGUGUUUGGACAAUGACUACCACACACCACUGGACAUGGCCGCCACCAAGGGACACAUGGACUGCGUUCGCUACCUGGACUCCAUCACUGCCAAGCAGAUCACCCUAAACCCAAAGCUGGUCAGCAAACUCAAGGACCGGGCGUUUCGUGCCGCAGAACGCCGGAUCAAAGACUGCGCAAAGCUCCAGAGGAAGCACCGUGAACAUAUGGAGAGGAAGUUCAUGAAGGAGUCGGCAGCUUUAGACAACUUGGAUGCGAUCAGCUUUUCUAGCUACACAAGCGGCAGCACACUGAGCCACAAGUUCAACACUGUCACCUCCAACAUGCCAUACUCACAGGCCACCCUGCACUCCACAGCCAAGGGCAAGGCCAAGAUACAGAAGAAGCUCGAGAAGAAGAAGCAGGUUGAUGGAACAUUCAAGAUCUACGAGGACGGGAGGAAAAGUGUGCGCUCGUUAUCCGGCCUGCAGCUCGGCAAUGAUGUCAUGUUCCUCAAACAGGGCACAUACGCCAACCCCAAGGAGCGAUCACGCCUCAACAUCCGCGACAUGUUCCCCCGUGACAAUGACGACGACGGCGACACCGUCUCCCGUGCCAUGAGCGACCCAGGCCUCCAUGAGGCUGCGUAUUCGGAGAUUAGCGCCGACUCCGGACGCGAUUCCCUGUUCACCCGACCCGGGCUCGGCACCAUGGUGUUCAGGAGGAACUAUUUGAGUGCAGGCAUGUUUGGUAUCGGAGCACGGGAUGAAGAGAGUAUAGUAGGGAGUGAACCUGUGGGCCGAGCACCUAAUGUUCGUCUACGAGGACGUCUGCCUCAUCGCUUUCCCAGCUUCGAUGAGGACAGUAUUGGCAGUGCCUUGAGCCUGCAAGAAAGGAACCUUCAGGAGUUGCCAUGGGAGGAGAUUGAUGUUGGGUUGGAUGAGGACUUGGAGCCAGAGAACAGUCCUCUGGAGACCUUCCUGGUCUCUCAAAGCCUCAGUGAGUUCAUGCCGAUCUUCAGGAGAGAAAAGAUUGACCUGGAGGCUCUGCUGCUUUGUUCAGAUCCGGACCUCACCAGCAUUCACCUCCCUUUGGGCCCCAGGAAGAAACUUCUGGAUGCCUGCAAGAGACGUCUGAACACCAUAGAAGAACCAGAGAGCAUUGAAGACACUGAGCUCUGAAGGAUGAACACACACUGAAGAUAGUAUGCUGGCUCCAUGUACUGUUAUUAUUACCUAAUACAGUCAGUGGAGGCAACAUGGAGUCUAGGCCGAAACUUGGAAAAGAGGAAAUAAACAUUUUAUGGGAUUCCCUUCUAAUGAAUUUAAGCCUGACGUGUACUUUUUGCAUAUUAUUAAUGUGAAUGAUUUAUGUAUUAGUGAAUGUACGUAAUGAAUAUGUUGUUAAUUAUAUCUUCAUUGUACAGUUUUCUUACUUUAAACAUGUUAUUUCACUCCAGGGCACAUACACAAUGGUGACUAUGGAUGCAAAGAGUCACAGACUGACUGUUUUGCAAACUCUGUUGCAACAGUUAAAACAAUUGGCGGGGGGGAGGGGGGUUAUGCGAGUGUGUUAGAUAACACUGUUAUCUCAGGUUCCUCCGGGGCGUAUUUGGUUUCACUGAAGAUCUGUCUGUCUGUGCACUUGAGAGAUUGUGCAUGAAUGUUCAUUUUAUGUUGGUAAAAAAAACAGUUUUUGUAUCAGAAGAUGUACCCACAACCAUAUUUAUCUUUUAUAAAAUAAAAUAAAGUGAAAAUGA